GUCCGCUACCCAGCCGCCCCGAGCCGCAGCCGAGCCGCAGCCAUGGGCCGGGUCCGGCCGGGCGAGCGCGGGCCCCCCAAUCCCGGCCCCGCCGCGCCACCCGCGCCGCCCGCGCCCUCGCCGCGCUGCGCUCGCGUCGUGGCGCUGCUCGGGGCCCUGCUCGCCGCCGCCGCCGCGGCCGCCGCCGCCCGGGCCUACGGCCGCUACACUGAGGCCCAGGCGGCCGCGCGGCAGCAGGAGUCUGCGCUGAAGGCCCUGGGGGCAGAAGGCCUCUUUCUCUUCUCUUCGUUGGACACUGACCACGAUAUGUACAUCAGCCCCGAGGAGUUCAGGCCCAUCGCAGAGAAGCUGACAGGGUCAGCUCCCACGGCCAGCUACGAGGAGGAGGAGCUGCCGCCUGACCCCAGCGAGGAGACGCUCACCAUAGAAGCCCGGUUCCAGCCUCUGCUCCCUGAGUCCAUGACCAAGAGCAAAGAUGGAUUCCUAGGGGUCUCCCGCAUGGCCCUGUCUGGCCUCCGCAACUGGACAGCCGCAGCCUCGCCAAACGCUGUGUUUGCCGCCCGCCACUUCCGGCCCUUCCUUCCCCCUCCGGGCAAGGCAGAGCUGGGCGAGCCCUGGUGGAUCAUCCCCAGUGAACUGAGUGUCUUCACCGGUUAUUUGUCCAACAACCGCUUCUACCCGCCACCGCCCAAGGGCAAGGAGGUCAUCAUCCACCGGCUCCUGAGCAUGUUCCACCCGAGGCCCUUCGUGAAGACCCGUUUUGCCCCUCAGGGGGCCGUCGCCUGCCUGACCGCCAUCAGCGACUUCUACUACACCGUGAUGUUCCGGAUCCACGCCGAGUUCCAGCUCAGCGAGCCACCCGACUUCCCCUUCUGGUUCUCGCCCGGCCAGUUCACCGGCCACAUCAUCCUCUCCAAAGAUGCCACCCAUGUCCGUGACUUCCGGCUCUUCGUACCCAACCACAGGUCUCUGAAUGUGGACAUGGAGUGGCUAUAUGGGGCCAGUGAGAACAGCAAUAUGGAGGUGGACAUCGGUUACAUACCCCAGAUGGAGCUGGAGGCCACAGGCCCCUCAAUACCUUCCGUGAUCCUGGACGAGGAUGGCAACAUGAUUGACAGCCGCCUGCCCUCGGGGGAGCCCCUCCAGUUUGUGUUUGAGGAGAUCAAGUGGCAGCAGGAGCUGAGCUGGGAGGAGGCUGCCCGGCGCCUGGAGGUGGCCAUGUACCCCUUCAAGAAGGUCACCUACCUGCCAUUCACCGAGGCCUUCGACCAAGCCAAGGCCCAGAACAAGCUGGUGCACUCGAUCCUGUUGUGGGGGGCCCUGGAUGACCAGUCCUGCUGAGGUUCAGGGCGGACUCUCCGGGAGACAGUCCUGGAAAGUUCGCCCAUUCUUGCCCUCCUCAACGAGAGCUUCAUUAGCACCUGGUCCCUGGUGAAGGAGCUGGAGGACCUGCAGAACAACCUGGAGAACCCAUCCCACAAGGAGCUGGCCGACCUGCACCUGGAGAAGUACAGCUUCCCGGUGGAAAUGAUGAUCUGUCUGCCCAAUGGCACCGUGGUCCACCACAUCAACGCCAACUACUUCCUGGACAUCACCUCCAUGAAGCCCGAGGACAUGGAGAACGACGCCUUCAGCUUCUCAUCCACCUUUGAGGACCCGUCCACGGCCACCUACAUGCAGUUCCUGCAGGAGGGCCUCCGGCGAGGCCUGCCCCUCCUCCGGCCCUAGAGGGGAGGCCCCACCUGGGCCUGGAGGAGCCAGGCUGAGGGCAGAGCUGCAGAGAAGGGCCUCCAGCAACAACGGACAGGCCCCUCGGCCCCAGAGCCGUAGUGGUCCUCACACGUUUCAACGACCGGGCGUUCACACCCCACCGCUCCCAGGCUGCCUGUGAGGUCGGAGGUCAGCUAAGGUGGCUGGCCUAGCUCUGCACCUGUUAUGGCUGACAGGUGUGUGAACCUGAAGCUCCAGCUGCCACCAUCGGCCCUUUACUACCCACCUGGCUCCAGAAGCUGCUUGAGACCCCCUGACAUGGAGUGUGGGGUCAUUUCACUAGAGGUCACCCUCUCAGGCACAUGGUCCAGGCCCUUGUGGGGUGAAGAAUAGGGAGAAGUGAGUGCGAGGAAAACAGGGUCACCCCUUUCUCCUUCCUUUCACCUCUCCCCAUAAGGAACACCAAGAAGCCCUGGCGUGGCGGGAGGGGCUCGGGCCAGAGAAGUGUCCUGUUUUUGUCUGGAGCCUUCUUCCUGGCCAUCGCUCUAGCUGCCCUCCUGUGCCUGGUGUCCCCCGUGGGGCUGGUCUCAGCGAGAGACAGCCAUCUGGAGGCUCUGGGCAGAACCCACCCUUCUUCAGAAGGGGAAACCGUUCAGUCCCCCAGAACUUGGCUCCCAGACCAGUCUAUCCGACCUGAUGAUAGGACCCCCCAACCACCCGGGGACCUGCCAGAGGCCAGCUGACUGGAAAGCUUUUCUGUGAAGCAGGCUGCUGCCCUCAGCCAGGGGUUCCACGGGGGAGUCCCCGAGGCCCAGGCCCAAAGCAUCCCGAGCCCACCACCGCAGCACAGGGUCACAGUAGGGCUGCAGGAGCCAGAGCCCUGGUACUGCCUCCCGCCCUGAGACCUCAGCUCCACCGAAGAUCGCCCAGCCAAAAGGGCGGAGCCUCCCCAGAGCCGGCACCAUCCCAGCAGGCAGGGCGGCCCGACCAUCCUGUCCACUGCUGCACAGCUGCUGACCGUCCUCGGCCCCUCUUAGGGCCUUGGUUCAUAUCCCAAGCCACUGACCACGGCCAGUCUCUUUUUUAUACAUGCAGAGAAGUGUUUUUAUGUUACCUUUCUCACAGUUUGUAGGUAUUUUUGAUAACCCCAGCACUAAGGAGAAGGAAGGGGCCCAGCCUCCCUCCAGCAGCUGCCCCAUGAUGGCUGGGUCUGAAAUCCUAGGUGGAUCCAGUUUGAUGUCUUCGCAGUUGCACCUGUGGGAAGAAAUACACCGCUCUUCCUUCUCCUGUUUUUUUUUAAACAGUCCUCAGGGGGUCAGUGUACCCUUGCUCUCCACUCAGGCCCACAAGACCCCUAAGGCUUUCGUUAAGGCCCUUGGGGCCAAGCCUGCUCCCCGACCCUACCCCGCGGGGUUCUCUCUUAGACCUGGAGGAGGAAGGCAGGCAGACAUUUCCUCAGACACAUUCCCAGGCCUUCCAUCUGCUGAGCUCUCCUGCCUGCCACUGGAGUAGCCACACUGAACUUUCUCCAUUGGAGGCAUUUUGUUAAGAUUACGUGUCUUUUCUCAUUUAAUCCUUACAACAAGCCCAUGAGGCAGAUAUUAUCUGUUCCCAUUUUUCAGAUGAAGAAACUGAGUCUCACCCUGGCUGGAGUAGGUCAGUGGAUUGAACUUAGACCUGCAAACCAAAAGGUCUCCAGUUCGAUUCCCAGUCAGGGCACGUGCCUGGGUUGCAGGCCAGGCCCCCAGUUGGGGUUACGUGAGAGGCAACUGAUCGGUAUAUCACUCAUACACUGAUGUUUCUCUCCCUCUCUUUCUCCUGUGCCCUCUCUAAAAGUAAAUAAAAUCUUUUUUUAAAAAAGAAAAGAAAUUAAGUCUCAGGGAAAUGCAGAGACUUGCCCAAGGUCACUCGUGGCAGAGUUGAGAUUCAGCCUGAGUGUUGAUUGUGGGGUGUUUUGUUCUACAUUGCACCCCUACACUUCUUCCCCGCCUGUUUUCACUGAGGUGAAAAAGAAGUCCUUGCAAGCCGGAAUAUUUCCUUCCCCUCUGAUCUCCAGAGCAAAGGAGCCAGCAAGCUCAGCUGAGUUCUCUAUGCCCUGGGGGCCGUGUGCGUCCAUGCCCUUCCCGGGAACGAGGGCCCCUGAGCCUUUUUUGGUGCUUCCUUCCAAUCGUGGGUGGCAGUAGGUACCGAUCACCUGGGCUUUCUCCAUCCUCAUCAGAGGCCUCUGCCCGGCCUCUGUGUGCCUUGAAGCUCAUGGUGGGGGCAGGCCCGCAGCUGCCCUCUUGUCACACCUCUGCCACUUCCCUCACCGGUCCCCAACAUGUCCUCUA